UUUACACGCAUGAAUACGCUCGCAUGAAGCGCAGUGGCCAACAGAAGCCAACUGUAUCAGGCGAAACACAGGCACGGCAUUUGGUGUCUCCGUCCCAUUCUGGAAUCUUCAAACAUCGAAAAAGAAAGAAAGAAAAAAAGGCAUUAGCAGAACCACAUCAAAUCUCAUUACACUCGCACAUACAUACAUGCAUACACACAUACAGACACAUAUAUAAACAUACACAUGCAAGCAUAAAUUCACAUGCACACACAUAUGUACACAAACAGGGAUACUUACUCAAACACAAAAACACAACUCUAUGCAUAUUUAUAUAGACAUAGAUAUAGAAUAUUAACGCGGACACUGAUGUGAUUUUUGAAGCCGGUAUAGGACAGGAAACUCGUUAUACUUAUAUUUACCAAAUGGAAACCAAAUAUUUUGAAGGAAUAUUUUUUUUGGAAGCCCAGAAAUAAAAUCAUCGUGGACGAGAGUCUUUUAUUCUUUGUCCUGUGGUACUUUAUUUCGUUUUGGUGUGGCAACAACGAUUUCGGACCAUACUAUGAACUUAAUGUGAGUUACACAAUCAGCAAAGCUGAAGAAAUUUCGGCAGAAAUAAAUCAACAACAAACAAAAACAGAAAGACUCUUUUUGUUUACAUCCAGAAAUUUAUUUCAAGUAAUGUGUUUGUGAAACACCUACAAUUAACAAGUAACAGCAACAGCACCACCACCACCAACAACAACAACAACUACAACACAAUCACGAUCACCAACAACAACAAUGGACAAUUACGAUUCGAACGAGACAGAAGCUCAUAUUUCCGGAGACCCAGCCGCCAUCGACUACGAGAUCAACAGGGACCUUCUUUUCAUGGGCAGAAAACACGCGGUUGAUGACGACCACGUUAGUGGCUUAUCCGGAAAACAUUCGACGGAGAUUCCCGAGAACGAUGUCGGAGUUGUUGUUAUGUUCGGCACACCGAUCAUCUCUCUGUAUGUCGAAGGCAAAGAAAGACUGUGCUUGGCGCAGAUCUCGAACACUCUGCUUCGUCAGUUCAGUUACAAUGAAAUCCACAAUCGACGCGUAGCCCUGGGUAUCACUUGCAUGCAGUGCACCCCGAUUCAACUGGAAAUUCUCAGAAGACUUGGUGCCAUGCCAGUGUCGUCUCGACGUUGUGGGUUGAUAACCAGACGAGAAGCCGAACGUCUGGUAAAGUCAUUCCUCGAAGACAACUCACCGCCGACACUACCAGACAAUUUUUACUUCAAAGUUUACCAUAAAUGUGGCUGGGGAUCUCAAGGACACUUCAUUCCGACAAGAUACAACAGCUCCCGAGCAAAGUGCAUCAAGUGCAUCUAUUGCAAUGUGUUUUUCUCCCCAAACAAAUUUAUAUUCCAUUUUCAUCGUCUGCCAAAUACGGUGUACAGACAUGCCGACGCUGCAAACUUCAAUUCUUGGCGCAAACAUCUUCACUUGGCUGAGCCUCUCCCCUCAGAAGAUAUUAUUCAUGCUUGGGAAGACGUCAAAGCCAUGUUCAAUGGGGGUAGCCGCAAGAGACUUGGCGGCACUCUGCAAUUGGACCCGAAGACAAAGAGUAAAGACGUAGGUUUUGUUCCUUACUCCCAAAAAGAGAAUUCUGGAGAUGUCGACGUUCCUAUAUCCCUGGCCGAAAGGUUUCACACGGCUCCUUCUUAUCCUGUAAACCCUGUAUACAACACAGCUGCUUCUUCACUAUUAACAAGGACCCACCCCGCUUUCCCUAAACCACGUGUUCCGACAAGUUAUGGAGACUUCUUCAGGUCUCUAAGUGCCCCUUAUAGCAUGUGGUGGAUGAAAUAUGCACCGCUAUCGGCUGGUUACAAUAUCAAUCAGCUUCCAAGGCCUCCCUUGGAAAUACCUGGAAUGUCUCAACCGUGGUUACCAAAUUUAAAAAACAUCCCAGACCUCAACAUAUCACCGGAUGUCAAUAGCAAAACGCCUUUGAAAUAUAACCCCUGUGACUAUGGAGACCAGUGGAACUGGUACGGACUGAUGCCGAACCAUUUCCAAACCCAGCACGCAGCAAACUCUUUCGACAGGCCCGACUUAGAAAGCAAUAUCUGCAGUAUGAAAAAACACUACGAUGAUGAAAUAAACGUGACCAGCAACACAUGCAAACACCAACCUAGUCACAGUAAUAACAGUAACAAUAGUAAUAACAGCAACAGUAGUAGUAGCAGCAGCAGCAAUGCUCCAAACACAGACGAUAGAAAAAUACUGUCAGUCCACCAUGAUGACUUGAAUAGCGAUAACUGUUCGUAUUUCGAUGAGAAUGAAACAGAAGUAUCGAGUCCGAAAUAUUCCAGAAGAGAUUCUGAUCAUGUGAAUAUUCGGUCAUCGUUUUCUCCGGUAGGUGAACCGGCACAACAUUUAACCAAUCAGAAGGAACCCAAAAAAGACGCAUUUACCUUAAAGUCAAACAUAUUGGCAACAGAUGAAGAGUCGCUUUCGGAUGGCGAAUUAGAGAAAAUGAUUCCUGAAAAUAUUCAACUUGAACAAAUUUCGAUAGAUAAUCUGAGAAAAAUGUUAACCAAAGCCAAGAAACUUCGAAAAAGGGCAGAAAAGGACAAGAAAAAAAUUCAAGCUGAAUAUACAACAAUGAUCCAAGAGGAACGCAGUACAAGUAUUGUUAUGGAAGAAAAAUUGAAAGAAAGCCGGAAUGCCUUGAACGAAAUUUACAGCAAAAUGUCGCUUAAUCAGCGUUGUUCUGAAGUUAAAACUGCCGAACAUAACUCUUCAACAAAUGUAAAUUUGGCCUAGUUGUCACAAGAUAUUAGACACGAACCCACCAAAAUAAAGGAGAAAGAGACUCUACGACAGCAUUGAAUCUGGAAUUAAUGAAUGUCAAAAUAACACUUCGGUUAUUAUGCAAGAUAUGAUGUGUGCAAUAUCGAGAAUGAAUAGAUAUGUUGUUGUGUAAUAUAAAUUGUUCCAGAAAUGCAUGCGGCAUAAUGUUACAGCUAUGGUUAAAAAAAAAAACAAAUAAAAAAAAGACAGAAUGCUCUUAAUAUGUUGCAGAAUGAGGAUGUGCCUACAGAAUUUUAUGACUGUACCUGUGGGUUUGACUUAAGUCAUAAAACCAGCAUCCUAAAUUAUUUGAAUAUAUAUAUAUAUAUAAAGGGAGAGAAAGGGGAGGAAGAGAGAAGGAGAGAGAGGGAGAGAGAGAAAGAGACUUUUUUGAAAGCAGUAAAAAUUUAAACAAGUUAAAUCUAGAAAUGACUUGUUUUAUAAAGUCUUAGAAAACUGGACGAUUUUUAUGCUUAAUAUAAUUUAACAAUUUCCUACGAUUCUCUUUCACAAAAAAAAAAAAACUAAUGAAAUACCAUUCAGUCGUAACAAAGAGACUGAAUGUGAUAAAACUAUUUUUAGCUUUCUGAAUAUACGACCGACCCCCAAAAGGCAAUAAUUUUAAUACAACAAAAGGAUAGAAUAAAAUGUGAAUUUUGUUCAAAGAUUUACAAACUGCAUUGACUGAACGGAAUGAGCCCAAUUUUACAAAAGGCUGGGUCGACAUUAUUGACCUAUCAAAGACAAUAACAAAACUAUGCAAAGUAAGAUACAGCGCAAACAUCCGCCAUAUUGUUUUAUGGGGAAAAACUUCUUUUCUUUUUUUCCAUUGGUUAUUAUUUUUCAAUGUUUAAUACACUAUGCGUUCUUUUGUUUUUAUUUCCUUACAUAAAUAGUUUGUGUUGUGCAAUGAAUUAGAACAUAUAUACAAAAAGGUGUAGAUUUGCUCCAUCUUGGGCAAUGCUAUGUAUAGAAAGAUAUGUAGAAUGUUUCUAACGAUAGUAUCUAUGAAGAUAUACUCGGCUACUCUAUUAGAAUACAAGUUAGUGAAAUGACUAGAAUUCUAUCGUAUGUUUUCAAUAUAGAAAUUAUAUUGAAAUUACUUUAAAAUUGAACGAUUACCUCUUCUGCCCGCUUUCGUUUACAUUGGGUAGUCAAAUAAAUUCGUUCGUUUUUUUUUUCUUCUUGACAUUCCAUCAUCAUAUAUCUGAGAAGAGGUAAAUUAUUAAAAUUUCAGAAGAGAUAGACGUGUGAUAGAGGAAGAAGAGAGCUACAAAAAAUAUUAAUAUUAAUAUAAAUAUUUUUCAUGUUAUUUCAUAUAACAUUAGAAAUUAAGAUAAAUUAAAACGAACGAAUUUAUCUGACACCAUCAAUACGUUUGUGUGAAUAUAGUCAUUUAUUUUAGUAUCGUUAAAGAAAGAAUUUUAAUUGCUAAUUUUUCACUGUUGUCAAAGGAAUAAUAAUUGUGUGUAAAAUGUGUUUAAGUGAUCGACGAUAAUGUAAAGAAAAGUAUUAAAUAGGUACUUUUUACCAUACGUUCAUUAUUGCCUUAUGUACUCAGAACUGCCGAUAUCAUAUCUCUAAUGACUUCUUUUAAAUUUCCAAAAUCCAUGACUUGAAAUUGUCAGACUAAGAAUCAGUUUAAAUAUUUUAGUUAUCGGAGUGUCUGUGUGGUAAGUAGCUUGCUUACGAACCACAUGGUUCCGGGUU